AUGGCCACCGUUCCGCCAAGCGGCUCACAAGAGCCCGGAUCAGCAAUAUCCAAAAAGCCAGCCAUAGACCCCUAUGCAACUAUCGGACAACUCUCUAUCGCACCGGCAACACACACGACAGUCGUCACGACUACCACAACCACCACAACUUCAUUUCCUCCCAUGUUCAUGAAAGCUCCGCGGAAUCUGAGAGAUCGGGACGCGAAAGAGUAUCCCUUGGCAAAUGCCCCAGCACCAGAAUCCAUCCGGAAAUUCAUGUUUAGCACAGGCAACGGUCAGGCUUGUUUCGAGGAAGCAGGUGACAGCGACGAGAAGAUCCGCGAGCACAAUUCUAUUUACGAUGGUCUUCGCAGCGCAAACGGGACGAUACAGGUCGAAGAGUCGUUCAGCGGACCCCCCGAGUUCGCAACGCCUAGCCGGAUGACUCGACCCUCGACCGCCCUGACGCCAGUAGCUCGCCCCCCAUCUAGCCGCCAGAAACGAUCGUCUUCUCCUCCGUCUAUCGCCGAAGCCGUUGAGAUUGCGAGCUUGCAACGCCGCUGCAAGAAACCACGACCCUCGAUCCAAGAUUACCGAAUUCGAAGCGGCCCACACGUUAACUCUAAUUUCACUCCAGAGGAUAUGGAAGAUGUAGUUCCUGCUACGCCUGAUACAGAUGUGUCUGGGCCAAGUUCAUUCAAGAUGCCACGACCCAAAGUGACCACGAGACGCUCCAACCUCAGAUCUUCGUCCCAACAAAACCACUCGGCCUCGUGGCAGCUUCAGCAACCCGUUACCGGAUCACCAAGUUCUGCGAAGCACAUUUCCUCGGACUCGCCACGAUCUGGGAUGCAACGCUCCUCGAACGAGCACUCAUUCUCCUCUUCGAUCGUCGAUGGCCCAGGAAUAGCCGCCACACCUCCCAUUGUCGAGACCGACCUCGAACCUAUCGGUCCGUUCACGGCUGAUGAUGCUUCAUUCAGCCACCCUGCUCGACCAGCGCCUCUGGACACACUUGCCGCCCAAGAUGCCAGUUUGCCUAGUCCGAGUUUGUCUCCGAUAACUGCUGCAGCAAGUCUCGCGCAGCACAAUACUAAUAACUCUUUCUCGGGCGAUGCCGAUGACGAUUCGAACGAUAUCUCUAGCCUUGAUAUUUCACAGAGCUCGCUUCACAGGAAUAGGUCCAACGAUGAUUUCUCGUCUUCUAGCCACAAACUUAUCGACCUCUCUGACGCACGUAACGGGCUAAACAUGAAUCAACAGCUACCUACGCCUGCCCUCAUGGAUAUACCUACGAUGCUGGACUCCUUCGAUUCUUUACCGGAAAAGAUGAAAACCUACGUCAUGUUCCAAAUGCUUCGUAGAUGCACGAAGCCAACCCUUCAUUUCGUGGCUGACGUUGUAAACCCAGCCCUGAAAUGCGAUUUUGUAGCCUUGCUACCUCUUGAACUUAGUCUCAACAUCAUCAAAUAUCUAGACGUGCAGAGCAUGUGUAGUGCUGCUCAAGUGUCUAAGAAAUGGAGACAUGUUGUUGACACGGAUGAAACGGCAUGGAAGGAUCUACUCGAGAAGGAUGGUUAUGGACUACCCGAGGGAGAACUUGAACGCGCUGUCAAAGAAGGCUGGGGCUGGCAGUAUCCACACUCAACAGAGAGCUAUGAGCGAGAUUUACGCCUGGCUCAUACCUCGAGAUCCGAUACGGAGCAUUCGCCUGCGCCAGGCUCAUCUGGCUCGAACGGUAUAGGCGGUUAUACCGAGAGUGAUGGAACCUCCCUCCGCCUCUCUGGACGAACAAAGAGAAAGGCCACCUCCAGGCAUGGGCCUGCAAAGAAGCAACGAAAGAAGGCACCGUCGUCAUCGAAAUCGCAAGUGCCCAUGUUCUCGCGCUCAGCAGUGCUCCGACAAGGUCCAAUCGCCAUCGCCGAAAUUGCUGCCGCUGCGAUACCAAGCCCACCAAUCGGCCUGCCCAGUUUGAGGUCGAUGCACCUCUACAAGUCGUUGUAUCAACGCCAUCAUCUGAUCCGAAAGAGCUGGAUGGAGGAGGACACCCGACCCAAACAUGUCGCCUUCCGCGCCCAUGGACACCACGUAGUAACCUGCCUACAGUUCGAUACAGACAAGAUCCUUACCGGUAGCGACGAUACGAAUAUCAAUGUCUACGAUACGAAGACUGGUGCCCUACGCAACAGGCUCGAGGGCCACGAAGGAGGCGUUUGGGCACUCCAAUAUGAAGGCAACACUUUGGUCUCUGGAUCGACCGAUCGUUCGGUGCGAGUGUGGGACAUCGAGCGGGGUAAAUGCACACAAGUAUUCCAGGGACACACAUCCACCGUGCGAUGCCUAGUCAUCUUGAAGCCUACCGAAAUCGGCGAGACUGCAGAUGGGCAGCCGAUCAUGAUGCCAACUGAGCCUCUGAUUAUUACAGGAUCGCGCGAUUCCACACUGCGUGUGUGGAAACUACCCCAGCCUGGCGAUAGAAGCAUCAUGCAGACAGGUCCCCCACAGAACGAUUACGACAACCCGUACUUCAUCCGAACUCUUUCUGGGCACCACCAUUCCGUUCGUGCCAUCGCAGCACACGGUGACACCCUAGUCAGUGGCAGCUACGACCAUACUGUACGUGUCUGGAAGAUCUCGACUGGAGAGGUACUGCAGCGCCUGCAGGGCCAUAGCCAGAAAGUGUACAGCGUCGUUCUUGACCAUGCUCGAAGCAGGUGCAUCAGCGGUUCCAUGGACAACCUCGUGAAAGUAUGGUCUCUGGAGACAGGACAAUGCUUGUACAGCCUUGAGGGUCACACGUCGCUUGUUGGACUUCUGGAUCUGAGUCACGAACGCCUCGUGUCGGCAGCGGCCGAUUCAACACUGCGCAUCUGGGAUCCUGAGAAUGGACAAUGCAAGAGCACCCUUUGCGCCCAUACAGGAGCCAUCACCUGCUUUCAGCAUGACGGCCAGAAAGUCAUUUCUGGUUCUGACCGAACGCUGAAGAUGUGGAACGUCAGGACCGGCGAAUUUGUCAAGGAUCUAUUGACCGAUUUGAGUGGAGUCUGGCAAGUCAAAUUCAACGAGCGCCGAUGCGUCGCCGCUGUUCAACGGAACAAUCGAACAUAUAUUGAGGUCCUAGAUUUCGGAGCCUCGCGUGACGGCGUCCCUCCUGACCAACGAGGACGCAGAAUAGUCGUCAACCAAAAAGGAUACGAAACAGACGACGUUGACGAUAUCAUUGAACCAGAGCCUGUAUAG